AUGGAAAGUCAAGACCUACUCAAAUUUGUGAAUCAGAUUUUCGCUAAGAAGGGUAUUCCACCCGUUAAGAAUCUUGCUCAAGACUUCUCAGAUGGAAUACUUUAUGAAAAGCUGUUCAAUAUCUUAUAUGAUGAAAGAGCUGAUUGCAAGCUAGUGAAGUCCCCAUAACUCGACGUUAAGAUGUAAAACUGGAAUAAGAUCAACGCUACCAUAUGCUUCAAUUAUCUUCAAUAGUAGUUCUAUUUAGUUGCUCCAACUAUGAAGGCCUUGGCUCAAGGAAAGAAAUAAGAGGUGAUUCAGACUAUGAUUAAGCAUUUGAUUAACAGCACCUAGGGUACUCAAUUUGAAAGCUAUCUAAGUGAUGAUGCUAUCAGAGAUAUUGCAGAUGUAGUCCAAACUGACAUGGAACUCUACAAUGAAGAAGAAGCCUCAUAGUUGAAUUAAUCUCAUGCUGUUUAAGUGCAAGGAGAGAAGCAAGUUAAACUCGAAGAGUCUGACAUUGAACAUCUUCAAAGAAGUGCUGAGAGAAAGAAGAGAGAAGAGGAAAACGAAAAUGACUUCAGCAGAGACAUUUGA